AUGGAUCAACCCUCAAAGAUGGACGAGGCUCAUCGUGAGGCACACACUGCUAGAACGGAUUCAGGCCAUCACUCCCACUCACCGUACUCCCACGUCCACUACAGACCAGACCUCAGUGGAGCCCACUAUCCUUGGGAGCCCCCUCACCCUCCAUCUCACUAUCAUGGCGGAUUCCACCACCCAAAUGAAUCCCAGCACUUCCGUGAGUCCUCAGACUCUCCAGAUGGUGCCUUCUUCCAUCAGUCCCAACACUAUAACAAAGCCCGCCUCUCCACAGCAUCUGGUACUGCCCCUUACCAUAUGGGUGGGCCCCAUGGUGGAUUUUAUCCCCCUACUGAGUCCCACCACCAUCGCAGACAGUCCCAAGAUAAACAUCCCUAUCAUCGAGGUAGUGAGGCUUCGUCCCACUUCCCUACUGUGUCAUCCAGCAGAAAGGAUGCUUCCCACCAGGGGAGAUCCCAUGAAUCCUAUCACCACGCCCACCAUGACGGCAGGCAUCAACCUACUGAAUCCCAACACCACAAAAAGCCACCUCAUUCUGAAGAGAGCCCCUCCCACCAGUCCUUUGAGGAGUCCUCCAAGCAGGGAAGACAUCACCACCGUGGCGGCCAUCAUACAGGCCACCAAGCCACCCAUCACCAUGGUGAGCGUCCCCACCAUAGAGAGCGCCAUUACCACAAAGAACAACAUCUUGGAGAACAUCUUCAUCCCAAAGAGCAUUCCCACCUUCACCAUCUGAGCCCCUCCGAAGCCUCCAUGCUACAGAAGUCCCACAGCACCUUCGGCGCCUCCCCUUCUCGUAUGGGGGCCAAAAGCUCAGUCUUCAGUGUGCCUCGCUCCCACUUGACAAGUCGAUCGGGCGCCUCUCGUAUUUCCAGCAGAAUCCAUCCCAAGGAGAGCUCCAGAGAAUCCGACUCCUGGAGUGAAGAUGAACACAUUCAGAAGCGCAAGAGGACACAGCGGACCCACAAGAAGAUGCGUUCUGGGAAUAUCUUCCAAUUGAUUUGGGGGAAAAUAUCUCACCUCAUUUGGGGUCUCCGGCAAAUGAUGAUGUCACUGACUCAGUCCCUGGGCUUUGAGACCUUCAUCUUCAUCGUGGUCUGCCUCAACACAGUCGUCCUUGUGGCCCAGACCUUCACUGAGCUAGAGAUCAGAGGUGAAUGGUUCUUCAUGGUCUUGGACUCCAUUUUCCUCUCGAUCUACGUAAUAGAAGCCGUGCUCAAGCUAAUUGCCCUGGGCCUGGAGUAUUUUUAUGACCCAUGGAACAAUCUGGACUUCUUCAUCAUGGUCAUGGCGGUGCUGGACUUUGUGCUUAUCCAGAUCAACUCCCUAUCGUACUCGUUCUACAACCACAGCCUGUUCCGGAUCCUCAAAGUCUUCAAGAGCAUGCGGGCUCUGAGGGCCAUCCGGGUCCUUCGGAGGCUCAGCAUCCUCACCAGUCUCCACGAGGUGACAGGGACUCUGAGCGGAUCUUUGCCGUCAAUCACAGCCAUCCUGACCCUCAUGUUCACCUGCCUCUUCCUCUUCUCUGUGGUGCUCCGAGCGUUGUUCCGGAAAUCGGACCCCAAGCGUUUCCAGAACAUCUUCACCACCCUGUUCACCCUCUUCACUAUGCUCACCUUGGAUGACUGGUCCCUCAUCUACAUAGACAGCAGGGCCCAAGGGGCCUGGUAUAUCAUCCCCAUCCUCAUGAUCUACAUCAUCAUCCAGUACUUCAUUUUCCUCAACCUGGUGAUUGCUGUCCUGGUAGAUAACUUCCAGAUGGCGCUUCUCAAAGGCCUCGAGAAAGUGAAGCUGGAGAAAGCUGCCCGGGUCCACGAGAAGUUGCUGGACGACUCUCUGACAGAGCUCAACAAAACAGAUGCUGAGGCCCAGAUGAGCGACAGUGCCUUGCAGGCACAGUUUAUUGAGAGGAUGUUCAGCACCAUGACAGAGAGGCAGCGGGAGCUCCACUUCCAGUACCUACAGUUGGUGGCAUCGGUGGAGCAGCACCAGCAGAAGUUUCGUUCCCAAGCAUCUGUCAUCGAUGAGAUUGUCGACACUGCAUUUGAGGCUGGAGAAGAGGAUUUCGGGAAAUGA